GCCUCCGCCUGCCCCUGACAUGCACUGCCCCUGGGCCGGGAGGCAGCGGCCCCCAGCAGGACCGGCCAUGAAGAUGCUGAUGGCAGCUCUGGUCCUCACGGCCGCAGUCCAGGCCGCGAGGAAGGACAAGGUGCUGUCUGGCGGGCCCUGCGAGCGGAUGUCGCACCCCUACCAGGCCGCCCUCUACAACGCCGGCCGCCUGCUCUGCGGCGGGGUCCUCGUCCACCCGUCCUGGGUGCUCACGGCCGCGCACUGCCAGAAACCGAACCUACAGGUCUACCUGGGGAAGCACAACAUUUACGAGCGAGAGAGCUUCCAGGAGCAGAGCUCGGUGGUCCAGACCGUGGUCCACCCUGGCUUCAACGCCGGCACACACGACCAGGACAUCAUGCUACUACGCCUGAAGCACCCGGCCAACAUCUCGGACCGCAUCCGGCCCCUGGCCCUGGAGAGGGACUGCUCGGCCAACCGCACCAGCUGCCAGAUCCUGGGCUGGGGCAAGACUGCCAGUGGUGUGUUUCCUAACACCAUCCAGUGUGCAGAUGUCCACCUGGUACCUCGUGAGGACUGUGAGCGGGCCUACCCCGGCCAGAUCACCGAGAACAUGGUGUGUGCCGGGGACGAGAAGUACGGGAAGGAUUCCUGCCAGGGCGAUUCCGGGGGCCCCCUGGUGUGUGGAGACCAUCUCCGAGGCCUGGUAUCCUGGGGCAACGUCCCCUGCGGAUCCAAGGAGAAGCCGGGGGUCUACACCAACGUCUGCAGAUAUAACCAGUGGGUCCGGAGAACCAUUUGGGCCAACGCCUUCUCAAAGGUGGCAUCCAACCCUUGACCUCAGCCCCUACUCACCGCCUCUAAAAUAUCUCUGAUCAAGACCACACCUCCUCCUCCCGCUCCUGUCCAGAGUCAAUCCUUAACGCUUCCUUCUGCCUGGUUUGACCCCAACCCCGUCCCUGGGGCUGGGGGUGACCCAGGCUGAGGUCUUGCCCCCACCACUAAGAGAAAAAAGGAACCCCGCUUCUGAGCAUCCGUCCCUCCGGAUCAUCCCAGGGGCAUGUUGUCUCCCGGAAGAGGGGUAGUCACACGCCUGGAGAAACCCGAUCCCAAGUGGAAUCCCAGCUCUUUCUCUUGCUACCCUUACAGAAACAGGAUGAU